AAAAAAGUUUAACUCGUAAUUUGAUUCAUCAGCAAUUCAUUUAAUGGAUUCCCAUCACACUUUCUUUUUUCAGAUGGGUUUGGUUUUGUUAUAAAAAACAAUGAACCAGUAUGGAUCAGUUCUGUGUUCCCUUUACGUGUUUUAUAUGUUUUGAAGCGGCUUUUACUUCUUUAAAUAACCGCGUGUUAACUUCAAGAGUGUGCGGGCAUAAAGUAUGUUCAAAUUGUUUGAAACUACAAGAAAAAAGUAGGCCAAGUAGUUGUGAAUUCAAUACAAACGUUGCCCUUUUAAAAGAAAAUGACAAUGCUAUCAAAUGUCCAAUAUGUUGCUAUGAAACGAAAUUCACGGAUUGGAUUGAUAGAGAAACGACAGAUACACAAUUCGAGCAAUAUAAAGCUGUAUCACAACGCGUUUCGGCUGUUUACAAUUUAACACGUCAUUAUUUUAACAACACUCCUGCAUAUAACGAUUAUUUAGAGAAAAGGGAAGAAAUUAUAUGUGAACUUUUAAACAAUCCAAAUGAGAAGGAAAGAAAACGCAUUCAGACUGAGCUUAAUAAUUAUGAAGCAGAAAACCAAAAACAAAUUAUUGAAUGCCAGCAAGUUUUAAAAAAAAUGGAGUGUGAUUGGAUACGCGAUAUCGUUAAAAAAGAAGGCACCUUUUAUGAGAAAGUUAAACUCGAUUUUGAAAGCGGUUUUAAAACAAGAUCCGCCAAUCUUGUACAUUCCCUUCAACGUCGCUUUUCUGAUCUUUUUGUCACGGAAGAAUCUAGCAGUCAGUUAUCGUCUGGAAACGAACACCGUGGGAAAGAAAGUAAUGCUACAUCCAUUGUCCUAGGAAUAGGAAAUCAACCGAAACCAUUGAUACCAAAUUUAAAUUAUGCUAAAAUUCCUAAAAGCAUUCCGACGGAUAUACCUGCUAUGAGACGAGCGUCAGGUAUGCUAAAAAAUUCAAUUAAUCUUCGUGUACUUCAGGAAACAUGGGGAGGUCUCUAUGUUAAGAACUCUGAAAACGUUACUACUAAGAGAUUACUAUUGUUGCAAGAAUAAAACAAUUACAUGAUAUAUUUUUUGUACAUGUGUUUAUUUACUCCAAGUACUACAAACAGAGAAUAUUUGAUAAAGAAAUAAAAUAUGAGAAAAAUAAAUAAGCUUUACUAAACCUUUUUUUCUUCUAAUUAUCGAAUGCAAUUUACGAAAAAGUUCUAAUUUAAUUUACAGUUACUCACGACAUGAAUCAUUUAUAAAAUUAAAUAUGCUCAUAACUUAUUUGCUUGGUUGGAAUUUUUUUUUUAAUUAGGCGUAUUCAACCAUGUAUAAUAGCUUUUAAUAAACGGUGAACGUUAGUUUUGUGCAUGAUUUAGUAAUAAUAAGAAAUAUUAAUAGAGUUAAGAUGAAUUCUUUUAGCAAAUUAUUAUAUUGUAUGCAAUUACGUUAUGCGUAGCCAUCCAUGACUUCUUGGCUGAGUUCAGCUUGUACAGUCGAUGGGACAGCUCUAAGACGGCAUCUUGCUUUUUUUCUUUAUCUGCUUGUUUCCACCGCAAUGAUACAUUUCAUGUCAAUGAACAUUACUGAACUUGGAUAGUAUCGUCAUAUAUUAAUGUAGAAAGGGAAUAUUGAUUUCAAGGGUUAUCAAAUGUGUAGUACAAAAGUUAGUAUACCAUUAACUUUUUUUGAAUUAGGUAGCUCUAAAACUGUUUUUUUUCAUAAAAAAGCCGAGAUUUCUUCAUGCGUAAAUCUUCAUACAUUUUCUCAAAAUGAAAAUGAAAAAAAUUUAUCUUCCGUAAAACAAUGUGAAAAGUCGAUAGUUAACGUUUUUGAUACAUUCCAACAUUAUGAGAAACCUAAAAAAUGGUUUUUUCCUCCAAAUAAUCUUGGUGAUUUUUCCUGGCAGGCAGUUUGUGGUAUUGGAAAGGGUUUACCUAACGUUGCGAAUAUUUGUUUUUUAAACGCGACAGUACAGGCCCUAAUCUACUGUCCUCCUUUUGGCCAAGAUUGCUUGAAUGGUAGACAUUCGCGAGGAUGUCCUUAUAAAGAGAGAAGAGAAUUGUGUGGCUUUUGCCUAUUUGAACAUCAUGUGUGCCAUAUAUUGAAGCCGGAUGCGUCUAGGAAUCAUGUGGCCAAAUGGAGUAAUACAUUUUUACAGUUAAUGAGAAAAGAAAUAAGAAUGAAUGGUGGUCAAGGGAACUGGUUUGGAGCUCAGAACUGUGCUCAUGAGUGGCUUACACAAUUUUUGGAUUUUUUAAUAAAAUACGAUUUACCAAUAGAAAAUCGAAUAGAUUUCAAUCUUGGAAAAAUUUCGACAGCAGAUAUUUCCACAAUUUAUGUUCACCAACUUUUUUCAUUUUUCACUGAAGAAUCUAAAAUAUGCUGUUCUUGUUCAACAAAAACAGCUCGCUAUGAGUUAAAUACUUGUUUUCGAGUUCCUUUAAAUGAUGAUCACUCUGUUGUAAAAGCUUUAAUGUCAGCCUUUGAGCCUGAAUUACUUUCGGGCUCAAACCAAGUAAUGUGCGAAACGUGUGGCAUUUUAAGGGAUAAGAAAUCUUGCCGUGCUAUACACUGUCCUCCAAAUGUACUUAUUCUGUUACUGCAAAGAACACGCUAUCAUGGAUUUGUUAAUCAAAAUCGCUAUCGUUCAAUUUCUAAAAACAACCUUCAUCUGGAUGUUCCAUUAACGAUUUCCUUAAAACGUUAUUUAAGUUCAGAAAAUAAAUCUAACAUUAAAAACUCAAAAUCAAGCAAUGAAUACCAUUUCAUAGCUUCAGUUAAUCAUAGUGGUUCUGCUGGUUUCGGCCACUAUUGGGCAGUUGUUAAAAGUCCAGAUGGUUUGUAUUACAAGUUAGAUGACGAGUGUCGAUCUCGGAUUCCCCAUUCUCUACUUGCAGAUCAUUUAUCUUCUGCUUAUUUAUUAUUUUAUCAAAGGGAUGCACCUGUUGUAGUAACCGAUUUUAAAAAGGAAACUGUUCCAUCUUCUAGUACUUGUUCUUUUGCGUUAGCGUUGUACGCUGACAGCAAAAAAGAUUAUUCUUCAGUGAGCUCGAACCAACAAGUACGACUUUCCAAAAUCCUUUCAAAUAAGACGCAAAACCAGAAAACAUUACACACUGAAAGUCUGACGUCGGGAAAAUUACGUUUAAAACAUUUUAAAAAAAGACGUUUACUACUGCUUAAACGAUUGUCUUACAGAAAACAAAAAUUUCUUUUGAACAAUUUUAAAAGAGCCAAAAUUUCUCAGCGAAGGUGUAUGAAGAUGAAGCCAAAUCCUAAUGAAUUACAUAGUAGCUACUCAGAAAAAGAAAAUGCUUGCAAUAAAAUCAAUUUUUCACCUAAUCUCAUUUAUGAGAAUGUGUCUAUUGAAUCCCGUGAAGAUUCCUCGGCAUCAUUGGAGGUUAUUAUACCACAACAUUCAACCGAGGAGUUACCUUGCCGCAAAACAGUUUGGAAACCUUUGAAGCCUUCUCAACGUUUAGAAAAAUCUAAGGAUAUUAAAACUCAGUAUGGCUGUAGUCAAAAUCCAGUAAAUCUUUGGGAGAAUGAGUUGAUGGAUAGUGAGCAAGUUCAAGCAAUAAUAUCAAAGCGAACAGAAAUAAUGAAAAGCCUUUUACCUAUAACUACUCGACGUAAUCGAGAAGAUUUUGCUUAUGACAUAGGACGGAAAAAAAAGAUAAAGAUAAAAAAAAAUAACGACCCCUUCGACUUUACCAUAGCUUUAUCGCACAAUAAGAUGAAAAAGCGGCAAACGUAUAAAUAGAAGAAAAAAAUUUGAAAAUUUACAUUCUACAACCAUUCGAAGCU